AUGAAUACUAACAAUAAAAUAAUAAAAAAUAUUGUCACUUUAACAACAACAACACCAUCUAAUGGAUUUUCGACUGUUUCAGCAGAUGCAGCAGAUGAUGAUCAAUUAAGAAAAAUAUUAUUAUAUGCAAUACCAUUAUCAUGUUUAAUUAUAUUUUUUAUUAUUACUGGUUUUAUCGCUAUUCGUCAACGUCACCGUAUUUUAGAUAAAUGGAGUUCAUUAAAACGAAUGAGAAAUACAAAUCCAAAAUUUCUUCAAAAUACUGGUUUGCGACGUGAUUCAGAAUUUGAUUCAUAUAAUCAUGUGCAUGUUAAAUCAAAAGUAAUGCAUCAAGAAAAUUCACUCCAACAGCAAAGACAAUAUCAUUUACUAACAAUUACAUAA